GGCCCCGCCCCUUCGCCGGCAGCCGCUGGGCGCUGAGCGGGUAAAAGAGACACUGCGGACGCCGAGCUGGGUCUGCCGUAAUGCUGCUGCUGCACAGAACUGUGGUCCCAGGGCUCCGACAGGCCUACAGACUCAAGUCAGCCCCUUCAAGGCUCUGCAUUCGGGCCUGCUCUACGAAUGAUUCAUUUCAGCCACAGUGCUCCAGCCAUGCCAUCUCUGGUGAUAACUCCAGCACCAGGGGAUGGAGAGUAAUGGGGACUCUUCUAGGGCUUGGUGCAGUGUUGGCCUAUCAUGACCACCGGUGCAGGGCUGCUGAGGAAUCACCACGCCUAUACACGAGGGAGGAAGUGAGAUCCCACAGCAGCCCUGAGACUGGGAUCUGGGUGACUUUGGGCUCUGAGGUCUUUGAUGUCACAGAAUUUGUGGACCUACACCCAGGGGGUCCAUCAAAGCUGAUGCUAGCAGCCGGGGGUCCUCUAGAGCCCUUCUGGGCCCUCUAUGCUGUUCACAACCAGUCCCACGUGCGAGAGAUACUGGCUCAGUACAAGAUUGGGGAGCUGAGCCCCGAUGACAAGGCAGCCUCCAUCUUGAAGACCUCUGACCCUUAUGCUGAUGAUCCUAUACGUCACCCAGCCCUGAAGGUCAACAGCCAGCGCCCCUUUAAUGCGGAGCCCCCCCCUGAGCUGCUGACAGAAAACUACAUCACACCCAACCCUAUCUUCUUCACCCGGAAUCAUUUGCCUGUACCUAACCUUGACCCAGACACCUAUCGCCUACAUGUAGUAGGGCCACCUGGGGGUCAGUCACUGUGCCUAUCCCUGGAUGACUUGUACCAGUUCCCCAAGCACGAGAUCACUGUCACUCUGCAGUGUGCUGGCAACCGGCGGUCUGAGAUGACUCGGUUCAAAGAAGUAAGAGGUCUGGAGUGGAGUGCAGGGGCCAUUAGCACUGCACGCUGGGCUGGGGCACGGCUCUGUGAUGUGUUAGCCCAGGCUGGUCACCAGCUCUCUGAAACUGAGGCCCAUGUCUGCUUUGAGGGACUGGACUCAGACCCCACAGGGACUGCCUAUGGAGCAUCCAUCCCCCUGGCUCGGGCCAUGGACCCUGAAGCUGAGGUCCUGUUGGCAUAUGAGAUGAAUGGGCAGCCUCUGCCUCGUGACCAUGGCUUCCCUGUGCGGGUGGUGGUUCCUGGUGUGGUGGGUGCCCGCCAUGUCAAAUGGCUGGGCAAAGUGAGCGUGGAACCAGAGGAAAGUUACAGCCACUGGCAGCGGCGGGACUACAAAGGCUUCUCUCCAUCUGUGGACUGGGACACUGUAGAUUUUGACUCGGCUCCAUCUAUUCAGGAACUUCCUGUCCAGUCAGCCAUCACACAGCCCAAAGAUGGGGAGACAAUAGAGUCAGGGGAGGUGACUGUCAAAGGCUAUGCAUGGAGUGGUGGAGGAAGAGCUGUGGUCAGGGUGGAUGUGUCUCUGGAUGGGGGCCUAACCUGGCAGGUGGCUGAGCUGGAUGGAGAGGAACAGCGUGCCCGAAAGGCCUGGGCCUGGCGGCUAUGGCAGCUGCAAGCCCCUGUGCCAGCUGGGAAAAAAGAAUUGAACAUCGUUUGUAAGGCUGUAGAUGACAGCUACAAUGUUCAGCCAGACACAGUGGCCCCAAUCUGGAACCUGCGAGGCGUGCUCAGCAAUGCCUGGCACCGUGUCCAUGUCCAUGUUGCUCCAUGAGAAAGUGAAAUGGAACCAUCUACUCUCCAGAACCACCUUCUAAACCCCUUUCCACACCCAUCCCUUGGCCUCAUUACCACAAAAAAUCCUUCCCUCCACCUCUCCAUGUCUUGGAUCACAACCCUGACUAUGCCUUCUGAAGCCACACACAGGUACAUGCAUUGCACACUUCCACCCAGGCACCUGCUCCCCUUUGACUGGAGGUGUUACAUACCCCUCCUGGCCGCUGACCCAGUGCCUUAGAGGAGGUAAGAGCUGCUGGAGCAAAGGGCUAGAAGUAGGAAAAGUAAUUCUGGAAGUAAGUGCUAUUUUCUCUACCUACCCUAUCUCCAUUUCUAAUGACUGUCAGCACUGAGGCCUUAUUUUGCUUUUCUUCUUGGAUUCUUCAGAGAAUGUGUGAGGAUAUGUGUAAGAAAAGUGUAUAUGCAACUUUUUACUACGUCUCUAGGUUGCCAGGGGUCGUGAAGGGCGCAACUCUCUCCCUUUAUUGUUCCACUUUUCUAAAUACAUCAAUAAAAUAUCUGUUUCAGACUAC